AUGGCUACCAACGUGGAGCGAAUUGAUAGCCGCGUUGGUUCUUUACCUUCAGAUGUAGUGGUACUCCAACAAUCCAUUCCACCAGUGGAUCAGACCCACCAGAACAACCCGCUUUUAGGACUACCUAUUGUGGCUAUUGAGGCAAUUCUCAAUUUUUUGUCUUAUGACGAAAUCAGUUUGCUCCGCUCGGUGUGUAAACGAAUGGACAUGAUCUGCCAACGUGUUCUUAAUCAGGGCUUCCUUAAGGUUGAACGUUAUCACAGCAUGUGUCAGAGGCAAGUCAAAGCGCAACUUCCCAGGCGGGAGUCUGAACGGAGAAAUCAUUCCUUGGCCCGUCAUGCUGACAUUCUGGCUGCUGUGGAGACACGCCUUUCUCUCCUUAACAUGACGUUCAUGAAAUAUGUUGACUCCAACCUCUGCUGCUUCAUCCCUGGAAAGGUUAUAGAUGAGAUCUACCGUGUUCUCCGAUAUGUGAACUCGACUCGAGCUCCGCAGCGAGCUCAUGAGGUUCUGCAAGAGUUAAGGGACAUCUCCUCAAUGGCAAUGGAGUAUUUUGAUGAGAAGAUUGUUCCCAUUCUAAAGAAGAAACUGCCUGGAGCUGACUUGUCUGGACGCCUCAUUGGAUCUGCUCCCGUGGCAGGUCCAUCUAGUUCUCUAACCACCAUGUCUUUGCUGGCCAAGAACGCACCAUCACGCUCUGAGAUGACCAAGGUGCAGCAGCAGGUGAAGGUCAACGGCGCAUCUGUGACAGUCUUACGACGGGAGAUGCAAGAAAUUCGUGUCAAGCAGUUGGAACAACAGAAGCAGUUGCAGGACCAAGAGCAGAAGUUGCUCGAACAGACGCAGGUCAUCGGCGAACAGAAUGCCCGUCUUGCCGAGCUGGAACAUAAACUACGUGAACUAAUUGACAGUAAUGCCGUUGGGGGAUCCGCAGCCGGAAGAUCUCUCCCCUCCACGUCUAACAAUGCUGCCGUGUCCUCCGCUGCUUCCAGUCUUCCUGCCGUGGGAUUGGCAAGUAGCAGGGUAGAAGCCUCUUCUACAGCGAGAGAAUUGGUCUCUGAGGGAACACCGUCGUUGAAACGCACCAAAAAAAGUUCAGACUGCUUAAGAAAGUCUAAACGUUUGUGUACCAAGAAAUGA